AUGGCCAACAUCAUCGAUUCUCAGUGUGUCUUGGUCGUUGGAUCCGCUGCAGAAAUAGGUCGUACUCUUGCCCUGCUAACCGUCAUUGUCUGUAGUCGCUGCAAGGAAAGGCUCGACGAACUGGUUGCCUUACACAUUGCUACCGGACGACUCAAGAGCGUUACUCUUGACGUUCUUUCAGAGCGCAACGUUCUCAAGUCUUCCAUCGAAGAUAUCGUCAACACUUACCCAGAUCACUAUCCCAUGCAAAUCGGCACUGACCGGCUGUCUAGGUUCUUGUUCUCGAAUGGCAUUCAACGGGCCUUCGACUUCACUAAGCCAGAAGCCGUUUAUCUCGAAUCUCUCAAGUGUGAACUCGCCACCAACUACACCUCGAUUGUCAGGAUGAUCGCCUUCUUUCUCCCUCAUCUGAUCGAGCUUGGGAAGCAAGGCCAUCUGACGUUCUUAUACACAGUCUAUUCAGGAUUGUCCAUUGUUCUUGCCGCUGGAAUCAUUGACUACUGUGCGACAAAAUCUACCAUCCACGACUUGAGCAUCUCACUCGCUGCUCAGCCCAAUAAAAAGAAUAACCACGUGGUUGAGAUUAUUCUUUCGCAGCAUGACUUCGAAGGCACGACGCAACGUCUGUCCAAUUUCUGGCUUUCGCUCGAAGAAUACACGAAGGUGAUGAUGGAGGGCCUUGUUCGAGGCGACACGUAUGUUCCAGCGCAGAUGGUCGUCGAACAGCACAAAAAGUUUGAGGAGGGGAAGUUGGAGGCUGCAACGAAGGCAACGACUCAGACAUAG